GAAAGCCCCUGAGACGUCACCUCUCCCAGGAAGUCUCCAAAAUCGUCGGCGCAGGGGCCGCCGGGAAAAUACCGCUGGGCCUGUGCAAAGCUAAGGCGGGAUCGCUACGGCCCGGGUAAUUUAGCUCGCCGUCCGGAAGGUCCCAGAGUGGAAAGCCGGAGGAGGCGGCCGCGCUUGGGCUUGCAGACUCCGGCCUACUGCGGAGCCCAUCCGGUGCCUCUCCGCUCGCGCUUCCGGCAGGCGUCGUGAGAGAGUGCGCCUGCGCGCCGCUCUGUCCGCGCGCCUCGCCGCUGACCGCGCACCGGCCGGCCGGCAGCCCGACGGUUCUGGUGUUGCAGGCGACUCGCAACUCAGAUCCGCCGCGCACCAGCAAGCAGGAUGUCGCGGAGGCGGCACAGCUACGAAAACGAUGGUGGACAGCCUCACAAAAGGAGGAAGACAUCUGAUGCAAAUGAAACUGAAGAUCAUUUGGAAUCUUUAAUAUGCAAAGUAGGAGAAAAGAGCGCCUGCUCUUUAGAGAGCAAUCUCGAAGGCCUGGCUGGUGUUUUAGAAGCUGAUCUUCCUAACUACAAGAGCAAGAUCUUAAGGCUCCUUUGUACAGUUGCACGUCUGCUACCUGAGAAGCUGACAAUUUAUACAACAUUAGUCGGACUGCUGAAUGCCAGGAAUUACAACUUUGGAGGAGAAUUUGUAGAAGCAAUGAUUCGUCAACUUAAAGAGUCACUAAAAGCAAAUAAUUAUAAUGAAGCUGUAUAUUUGGUCCGUUUCCUGUCUGAUCUUGUGAAUUGUCAUGUGAUUGCUGCCCCGUCUAUGGUUGCUAUGUUUGAGAAUUUUGUAAGUGUAACUCAGGAAGAAGAUGUGCCUCAAGUGCGGCGGGAUUGGUAUGUGUAUGCGUUUCUGUCGUCCUUGCCCUGGGUUGGAAAGGAGUUGUAUGAAAAGAAAGAUGCAGAAAUGGACCGCAUCUUCUCCACCACUGAAAGCUAUCUCAAAAGACGCCAGAAGACUCACGUGCCCAUGUUACAAGUAUGGACUGCCGAUAAACCACAUCCACAAGAAGAGUAUUUAGAUUGCCUGUGGGCCCAGAUUCAGAAAUUGAAAAAAGACCGGUGGCAGGAAAGGCACAUCCUAAGACCCUACCUUGCCUUUGACAGCAUCCUCUGUGAAGCACUACAGCACAACCUGCCUCCUUUCACACCACCGCCUCACACGGAGGACUCGGUGUACCCGAUGCCCAGGGUCAUCUUCAGGAUGUUUGACUACACAGAUGACCCAGAGGGUCCUGUUAUGCCAGGGAGCCAUUCAGUAGAGAGGUUUGUCAUAGAAGAGAAUCUUCAUUGCAUCAUAAAAUCCUACUGGAAGGAAAGGAAGACUUGCGCUGCACAGCUGGUGAGCUAUCCGGGGAAGAACAAGAUCCCCUUGAACUACCACAUAGUGGAGGUGAUCUUUGCAGAGCUGUUUCAGCUUCCAGCACCUCCUCACAUUGACGUGAUGUACACUACACUGCUAAUCGAACUCUGCAAACUUCAGCCGGGCUCUCUGCCCCAAGUGCUUGCGCAGGCAACUGAGAUGCUAUACAUGCGUCUGGACACGAUGAGUACCACGUGUGUAGACAGGUUUAUUAAUUGGUUUUCUCAUCAUCUAAGUAAUUUUCAAUUUCGUUGGAGCUGGGAAGAUUGGUCAGAUUGUCUUACUCAGGAUCUUGAAAGUCCCAAACCAAAGUUUGUAAGAGAAGUUCUAGAGAAAUGUAUGAGGUUGUCUUACCAUCAACAUAUAUUAGAUAUUGUUCCUCCCACCUUCUCAGCUCUGUGUCCUGCAAACCCAACCUGCAUUUACAAGUAUGGAGAUGAAAGUAGCAAUUCUCUUCCUGGACAUUCCGUGGCACUCUGUUUAUCUGUUGCUUUUAAAAGUAAGGCAACCAAUGAUGAAAUCUUCAGCAUUCUGAAAGAUGUACCAAAUCCUAACCAGGUUGAUGAUGAUGAUGAAGGGUUCAGAUUUAACCCUUUGAAAAUAGAGGUCUUUGUCCAGACUCUGCUGCACUUAGCUGCCAAGUCCUUCAGUCACUCCUUCAGUGCCCUUGCAAAGUUUCAUGAAGUUUUCAAAACUCUAGCAGAAAGCGAUAAGGGGAAGCUCCAUGUGCUGAGAGUUAUGUUUGAAGUCUGGAGGAAUCACCCACAGAUGAUUGCUGUACUGGUUGAUAAGAUGAUUCGUACACAGAUUGUUGACUGUGCUGCAGUAGCAAACUGGAUCUUCUCAUCAGAGCUGUCCCGUGACUUUACAAGGUUGUUUGUGUGGGAAAUUUUGCACUCUACAAUUCGUAAGAUGAACAAACAUGUUCUGAAGAUCCAGAAAGAGCUAGAAGAAGCUAAAGAGAAACUGGCAAGGCAGCACAAACGACGCAGUGACGAUGAUGACAGGAGCAGUGACAGGAAGGAUGGUGCCCUCGAGGAGCAAAUAGAAAGGCUGCAGGAGAAGGUGGAGUCUGCUCAGAGCGAACAGAAAAACCUUUUCCUCGUCAUCUUCCAGCGUUUCAUCAUGAUCUUGACUGAGCACCUGGUACGAUGUGAAACCGAUGGAACCAGUAUAUUGACCCCAUGGUAUAAGAACUGCAUAGAGAGGCUGCAGCAGAUCUUCCUGCAGCAUCACCAGAUAAUCCAGCAGUAUAUGGUGACCCUGGAGAACCUGCUCUUCACAGCUGAGUUAGAUCCCCACAUCCUGGCUGUGUUCCAGCAGUUCUGUGCUCUGCAGGCCUGACAGUCACUUCUUGUCCCUUUUUGUUAUCUUGAAAUAACUUGUCUUAUUUUUGAUGGUUUGAAUGUUUGCUUUCUUGUAGUAGCCUUUCACUUCCUAAAGGAAAUGGGGGAGGAGAGCGAGGACUAUGAACGACCUGACCCGUAGUUGCCUGAAGGGCAAGCGCUGCUUGAUGAAGCAGUGUUAUGGUGACUGUAGAGUUGUACAGAUGUGAGGCACAACUUUCCUGUGAUAAAGUUGAUACUUUUUCUCCUUAGGGCACAAAACAACAGGUUUAAGGUGUGUGAAAUGCAAGGUCAGGCUUGCAAAAUAGUAGAUAUAACCAAUGGGCUGUCCCCAGGGAGCCUAACUUCCUCUGCUCCUGGGAAACAUGGCUGGAAUAAACUGCAGUUAUGUUUUCUAAACUUUGGGAGUCAUGAUUUAUCAUCUUAGUCUCUUUUCUUACUGAAGGUGUGCUUAGUCUCCAUCCGAAGCUGUCUUUUGCAAAUACUUUUCGUAAGUGGUAUUCUUAUGGUACUACUUCUUAGUAUGAAGGAUUGUUAAUACUAAUCCCCAAAUUUGUUGAACUAUAAGCCACCCAGAAUCUUGAAAGUUAUUUUAAACCGCGAUCUCAAAGUAUAAUGAAGAUGGCAGCAGUGUUUCUACCUCCCAGGUUUGCAGGUUUGUCAGCCAUUGUUGAAAAGCAUCUGGUCGUGCCCUGAACCUCCAAGAAGAAUUUGCCCAAGCUCCUGUAGUGUCACAGACUGACAUGGAGUGGGUGAUAAAUGAGCUGACGGGGACUUGGAAUUCAGUGUGGCUUGGGGCUUGUCUCUUUGAUCCUUGAGUGGAUAAUUGAUCCCUGAAUCUGUUGAGGCUGAAUCGCAAGGAGUGUUUUGUAAAAUAAUGCAUAAGCAAUUAUCUGACAUUCCAGAUUUCUAGGAUUUUUAAACUUCUCAUUAAACCUUAGAAAAGUCCACUAAUAAUGAUACAAUUGCUGUUAAUUUUGUGUGUUUACUAUCUUUUUGUACAUGUUAUACUCUAGAAGUAUACAUUAUGAUUGUCUGUUUGUAUAUGUGGGUAUUUAGUUACCAUACAUUUCAAUGGCCAUAGAAUAUAAUUUCUUAAUAAUGAGAAUUCCUAGGCUUUUUAAAUACCACAUUUAAGGUAUGAGUAUCAUUUAAUCAUUUAAAUUCAAUAGCUCAGGGUUGGAUGGGGGAAACUUCAGAAAGACAAAAUCUGAUUCUUAGCUAAAUAUCCUUUACCUAAGAAUCCUAUUCUUUACCCUGUUCCUUCUUCCCAUUUAACAUAGCUCAUGCUCUGAUUUGAAAUGGCUCCAAUCCUCCAGGAGCCAAAGAAUUAACCACUUGAAGGCAUUGGUAACUGUAGCCUUUCCUGAGGUAUAGUAGAUUAUUCUUGAUCUGCACACAGAAGUUUGUUCUUUCCUUCCUUUCUUUCCAUCCUCCUGUGUAGUGGAGAUUUCUAGAAACUGUUCAUUAAUGUGCCCCUGCUUUAUCCUGGCCAGCCAUCUGGAAAAACUGAACAGAGGAUUGUAUCCUACAGAAGACAAAAUGCAAAAGUAGGAAGCAGCUGCUCCCUUCUGGUGGGGCUCCCAUAGACAGGGGUGGCCCGUGACUGCACACAUGCAUGCCUCAUGAGUAUCAACUCAGUUAGAGCAUGAGCUACGCUAAAUGGGAAGUCAUGCUAAUGCUCCUUAACAGGCUUUCGUCGGAGUAGACAUACGUUGCUUCCCUAAGGACUGUAUCAUACCUAAAGUGAAAGAUGUGCCUUUGCCACCCUGAUGUCUGGAUAGCAGGAUUAACCUAAAGACAGCUAGAGAACAGAAGCAUACAGCAAAACACAUCUCCUGUGUUGGCCUGGACAGGAAGUGUUCACCAACUACUAGCUGCUACACCAUCAUACCUUAUUAAAUACUCACUUCACAGAUAGAAGCAGGCCCCAGGAAAACUUAUCUGAAGUCCACAGCCAGGAAGUUAAAUCCAUGUAUUUCAGGAAUGAAUUAUCCCUACCACCCAACAGUACUUAGCAGCAGCCUGAACCCUCGGUGACUCUUGUCAUCAGGCUACAAACAUCUCUCUAAGAUCUGGCUGCCCAUUGAGGAUCAAUUUUUACUGAGCUGUAAAAGUUAGUACGGCACAUGUAAAACACCAGAACAUCUCUGCUGAGUUUUCUAAAGAACCGUUAGUAAUGAUGGCCCCUCUUAUUUGGAUUGACUUCUGAGUUUGGCCUUUCUCCAGGUGCAGUGUGCAGCAGUCUUCCCUCCCAUUAGUGCAGGGCUGGAAUGACACUCCAUCGCAGCCUUGGUGUUGGUCACAGUCAUGUGGAGCUCCUUGCCACUGCGUAAACACUGUAUGGACUAGUAUGGCUCCUGGCCUCACGCCAACGCAACACUGUUCAGGGCAUUGGCCAUGCUUCUUUACCUCAGCUGGUUAGUUACACGUGAGCUGCAUUCUACAGAAUCUUGUAGAUACUCUUUUAUCUUGGUUCCCAUCCCUAUCCACCACGGUUUGUGUAGCCCUGGCUCUCCUGGAACUCUGUAAACCAGGCAGGCCUCGAACUCAAGACAUCCGCCUGCCUGUCUCUGCCGCUGCCUCCUGAGUGCUGUACUGGGCACCAGCACCGCCCGGCUCUCGAGCCUUUGUUCAUGUAUAACUGCUUCUAACAGCUGUUACUCAUGUACUACGCUUCGAUAAUACCUCUGACAAGAGUGAAGAAAACUCUGGCUAAACUGAGGCAAAUGUCUAUAGGAAGUAAGACUGGCAACUGUAACUUCCUACAUCAGAAGUGUUAAGCAAGCAUGGAAGCAAGCUGUUAGCCCUCCCUGUGUUUGAUGAGUCCUUGCAAGGCAGGUAGACUACUUAAAUGAUAAUGCUUUUGAUGAAGCAGUUGGAUACUCAACUUUGAAAGUAGUCAUUUUUCCCUUUUAAUACAGCAUUUCCAAACUGCUGUGUACAGGUCCUGAAGAACGGGGCCUUGGGCUCAGCCUCCUGAGUCCUUGGCUCCCAGCUGUGACUGGGUCUUUGUUCCUGUAACAGCAUCUCGCUCUUGCCAUUGCCUGAAGACUGCACAGCAGUGCGCAUCAGACCUGUUCACUCCAUCAGCCUUACCCUGAAAGCUCUUCCUUCUGUGCCAACCUAGGAUUCACCUACAUCCCUUGUUCUCCACGGAAUAACUGUCACUUUUAUUGUCACUUCCUGUGCACAUGUAUGUGCAGUUGUGCAUGUGUACCUUUUUUUUUUUUUCGCAUAUCUAUCACCUUAGGUUUUUUUCUUUUAGUUAGUAUAUAAAAUGACCUGUUAGUUUUCCAUCUUGCUGUAGCACUGGGCUCCCACAGACCUAACAUUGUACCCUCAGGCAGAACUUAAACACAACCAUUCCAAAGCACUGUUAUGUAAGUGUUGUUUCUAUGAAGACUGCAUUGUGGAACUUU